AUGGGAGCAGCGUGUUGUGCAGGAGCGGCCGUGGCCGGUGGGGCCGGCCCGACGUCGCUGCUGGACGGCACGAUAUGGGGGUUUGUAUCGGCGCUGCCUAUUGCGCUGUACCACUACUAUCCGCACGUUGCGCUCGGGCUCGUCACCCUGCUCGCUGCUGCAGCAUCGACGCUCUACCUGGCGGUGGUGUGGUUGACGCCGGUGACCAAGACGAGCUCGCGGUCGGAGCUGUCGUACGUCUCGCCUGCGUCUGCAGCGCCACAGCCUCUGCCCUCGCUGCUGGACGAUGCAGAGGAGGUGCAGUUGAGUGUAGUUGUUCCGGCGUACAACGAGCGCGAACGACUACCCAUCAUGCUGCGCGAGACGGUCGAGUUUCUCGAAUCCCUCCGCCGCGAAAAGCGCAGUCUGGUGGGUUCGGACGAGGCAGACGCCAACGUCGCAGCAAGUGCCGGGGAGGAGCAUAAGGACGCCCAAGCGGUACGAAAGGCACUGUACGAACCUCUGGAGACGUACGAGAUCGUGCUGGUGGAUGAUGGCAGUCAGGAUGGGACGCACGAGGUAGCGCUCGAGUUUGGACGCGAGCACGGCGUCGAGGUGCGCGUGGUUCGGCUGGUCAAGAACCGCGGCAAGGGUGGAGCGGUUCGCCAUGGCGUGCUGCACUCCCGCGGCUCGCUGGUGCUCUUCGCCGACGCUGACGGUGCGACGAGGUUCGGCGACGUUUCGACGCUAUCGCGCGCGCUCGCACACAUCCUCACCCCGCGCGGACACGCCAUGGUGGUGGGCAGCCGCGCGCACAUGGUCAAAUCCGACGCAGUGGUCAAGCGCUCCUGGCUACGCAAUCUGCUCAUGCACUCGUUCCACCUCCUCCUCACCCUCCUCCUGCGUCCACCCACCCCGGCCUCGCUCAUCCCUGGCUUCCUUCGCCCCAAAGAUGGAUGUGCAAGGGGCGAGCAAAGGCAAAGGUUACCUGUCCAGCCCGAGAUCAAAGACACCCAGUGCGGGUUCAAGCUGUUCACGCGCCCAACGGCCAAGCUGGUGUUUCCAGCCUCGCAUAUCGACGGAUGGAUCUUUGAUGUGGAACUCAUUCUGCUCGCCCAGGCCGCCUCGAACCUCGCCAUGCAGUCCAAACCGCCUUGCAUGCCAAGCCGGCAAGGCCAAGGCCAAGGCGAGUGCAAGGGGUUGGAGGGUCUGGCACUGCCGAUCGCCGAGGUGGCAGUGCACUGGCACGAAGUGGGCGGCUCCAAAAUCGCGCUGCUCACCGACUCGGUGCGCAUGGCACUGGACCUGGUAGUGAUCCGCGCCAACUACGGGCUGCGCAGGUGGCAGCCUCCUCCUCCUGCGCUCUGA